GUUAACAUGGCUUCGAAAGGCCAGGUCGAGAGUUUGACCGAGGAGGCAAUUUGUCCCAUCUGCCUGGAUUUCUUCACCGAUCCGGUUAUUCUGGAGUGUGGACACAACUUCUGCCGCUUCUGUAUCACACGGUGUUGGGAAAAGGAGGAGAGAAACUCCUGCCCAGAAUGCAGAGAGGAGUUUGCGGACCGCACCCUCAGGGUAAAUCGGGCCUUAGCAAGUCUGUCUGAGAAAGCUCGAAAACUAAACCUGAAUCCGAUAAAGAGGGGAAGUAAACAUCACUGCGAGGAACAUGAGGAAGAAUUGAAGCUGUUUUGUGAAACUGAAAAGAAACUGAUCUGUCUGAUUUGCAGAGAUGCGCGGGAACACAGGGAGCACCGCUUCCUGCCCAUUAAAGAAGCUGUUGAAAUCUACAAGGAUCAGAUUAAAUCUUCCUUAGAAUCUCUCACAAAAAAGAAAUCAGCCGUCCAGGAAACGGAGCAACAACAGAAAGAGAAGAUCUCCCGAGUUCGGGAACAGUCACACAGCCUUCAGUUCCAGAUCACAUCCCAAUUUGCUGAACUGCACCAGAUUCUCACUGAGAAAGAGCAGCACUUACUCAGAGAUCUCAGGGAAGAAGAGGAGAAGAUUCUAAAUCCAAUGGAGAAAAAACUUCAAGAGAUUCAAGAGAAUUUAAAUUCUAUUCAGGAGAAACUCUCAAAAUUACAGGAACGGAUGAAUCAAGAAGAUAGCGUGAUAUUUCUCAAGGAGGAGGCUCGUCGGAAGAGGAGGAUUAGUGAUGAUGAGCAGUCACUGUCAGUGACAGAUGGUGCCCUCCCAGUUGAAAAAUUCGAUCACCUCUUUUUGUUGAAGACAGCGUUAAGGGAAGUGUUUGAUACAAUUAAGCGAGUCUCCGUCACCCUGGAUGUGGGAACGGCGGGUCCGUGGCUCGAGGUGUCUGAGGAUCGGAAGGGGGUGAGAUGGACCCGGACCCGGAGGAGUCUCCCCGACACCGGGAAGAGGUUCACAGUCUGGUACUCUGUGCUGGGAUCGGAGGGAUUCACAUCGGGGAGACAUUACUGGGAGGUGGAGGUGGCGGGGAGUCGGGGCUGGAGUUUGGGAGUCGCCGCAGAGUCUGUGGAGAGGAAGAGAUGGGUCGGACUGAUCCCGGAGAACGGAUUCUGGAGCAUCGGGCAGGAUGGUCACGGUCUUUAUGUGAACACCUCCCCUCCAUCCCGUCUCCCUGCCGGUCCCAUCCCCGGGAGGGUGGGAGUUUAUCUCAGUUACGGGUCCGGGACAGUUUCAUUUUACAGCGCGGACACCAAGUCCCAUCUCCACACCUUCACUGGGAAUAAAUUCACGGAGAAACUUUAUCCUUUCUUCGGGACUUGGGAUGAAAACCAGUGGCUGAGAAUCUGCUCCGGUUCCGCUCCGGGUCUGUUGGACCGAACGGGAGUGUUCUGGAAGGUUGAAGUGGUGAACGAGAGCAGGAAGCAGCACCGAUACAGACAUGAUGUACCUGAGAAAAAGUUCCGCUUUCAACCAGGAGAUGGGGAUGGCGGGCUCCCCAAAAAUCUGUGCAAUUUCACGGCGCAGGAUCCCCACCUGCUGCUGGCAACCGCCUGUCGGAUCCCACAGGGGAGCGGUGAGAGCCCCAGAGACGCCAUCAGCAGCCGCUGCGGUGCAGCUCCCGGCUCCCAGCAGCAGGAGGCGGUCUCUGCACCCCCGGCACGGAAAGGUUUCGCGGCCCCGGCCGGUGUUGUAGCCUUUGCCCGAGCUGCAGCUCCCGAUCUCCGGCCUCUGCCCGGGCCCACUCGCUCCCUGUUCCAAACCCCGGCCCGCCCUCCGCUCGCAGCGCUCAGCGUCCCGCCCACUCACUGGGCGGGGCUCACACUGACCAAUCAGAGCCAGUCCGGCUCCCCAGCGGGAGUUCCCCGCAGCGACUUUCUCACUCGCUUCGUUUAUCGCCCUCUGCAUGUGAACCGCACCCCAUCGGCGAUCCCGCUGGGGAGCCGAACUGGCUCUGAUUGGCCGGAGGGUGAGCACGGCCCACUGAGUGGACGGGACGCUGAGCGCUGGGAGCGGAGGGCGGGUCGGGGUUUGGAACAGGGAGCGAGUGGGCCCGGGGAGAGGCCGCAGAUGGGGAGCUGCAGCUCGGGCAAAGGCUGCGACACCGGCCGGGGCCGCGAAACCUUUCCGUGCCGGGGGUGCAGAGACUGUGGCGGAGAUUCCGUCAGAUCUCUCAGCUACACGGAGGGUGAGCGGCCUUUCCCCGCCGUGGAUCGGGGCCUGUUGUCUGCAGCUGCUCCUGAACCCGCCUCCUGCUGCUGGGAGCCGGGAGCUGCACCGCAGCGGCUGCUGAUGGCGUCUCUGGGGCUCUCACCGCUCCCCUGUGGGAUCCGACAGGCUGAAGGCCGAGUGAGAACAAGACGCAAAGCGUGUGUGGUGGACAAUCGCGGUACUGCAGGGGUUCAGCAGCUCGCAGAGAGUGAAAGGAAUGUGAAUCAGGAAGUGCAGGGAGUUAACAUGGCUUCGAAAGGCCAGGUCGAGAGUUUAACCGAGGAGGCAAUUUGUCCCAUCUGCCUGGAUUUCUUCACCGAUCCGGUUACACUGGAGUGUGGACACAACUUCUGCCGCUUCUGUAUCACACGGUGUUGGGAAAGUGCGGAGAGAAACUCCUGCCCGGAAUGUAGAGAGGUGUUUGCGGACCGCACCCUCAGGGUAAAUCGGGCCUUAGCAAGACUGUCUGAGAAACUUCGAAAUUUAAACUUGAAUCCGAAAGAGAAGGAAAGUAAACUUCACUGCGAGGAACAUGAGGAAGAACUGAAGCUGUUUUGUGAAACGGACAAGAAACUGAUCUGUGUGAUCUGUGCGGCUGCGCGGGAACACAAGUCUCACAACUUCAUGCCGGUUAAAGAAGCUGUUAAAAUCUACAAGGAUCGGGUUAAAUCUUCCUUGGAAUCUCUCACAGAAAAGAAAUCAGUGGUCCAGGAAAUGGAGCGGCAACAGAAAGAGAAGAUCUCCAGAGUUCGGGAACAGUCACACAACCUUCAGUCCCACAUCACAUCCCAAUUUGCUGAACUGCACCAGAUUCUCACUGAGAAGGAGCAGCGCUUACUCAGAGAUCUCAGGGAAGAAGAGGCGAGGAUUCUAAAUUCAAUGGAGAAAAAUCUUCGAGAGAUUCAAGAGCAUUUAACUUCUAUUCAGGAGGACCUCUCAGAUUUACAGGAACAGAUGGAUCAAGGGGACAGCAUGAUAUUCCUCAAGUUGCCGCGUAUAAUAUCCCCUGAAACACACAUUAAAAUCCAGUUUCUGUCACUAGCUGUGAGUGGGUCUGGUGCAGUGGGUGUGAGGGUCCUUUGUCAAUCUGUGGGAAGUGAGGUUUUUUACUUGGUGGUUCUAUGUGGUUAUAUGUCCCUUCUGCAAUAUCCUCUUUCUCUGUGUGUCAGCGGGAGUGAGUGUUGGGAAGUGGGAAUUUUCAGCAGCUUGGGUCAAAUUCCUGUUGUCGGGAUGUGGACAGUCAGUCUCAGUCAAUUCAGAUUUGUGUUGUACUUAUUUCAGGAGGAAGUUCAUUGGAAGAGGAGGAUUAGUGAUGAGCACCAGGCAUUGUCAGUGACUGAUGCUGCCUUGCUGUUUGAAAAAUUCGAUCACCCCAUUUUGUUCAACACAGCGUUGAGAAAAGUAUUUGACACAAUUCAGCAAGUCUCCGUCACCCUGGAUGUGGAAACGGCGAGUCCGGAGCUCGAGGUGUCUGAGGAUCGGAAGAGUGUGAGAUGGACCCGGACCCGGAGGGAUCUCCCCGACACCGGGAAGAGGUUCACAGACUGGGAAUGUGUGCUGGGAUCGGAGGGAUUCACAUCGGGGAGACAUUACUGGGAGGUGGAGGUGGCGGGGAGUCGGGGCUGGGGUCUGGGAGUCGCCGCAGAGUCUGUGCAGAGGAAGGAAGAGGACGAACUGAUCCCGGAGACCGGAUUCUGGGUCAUCGGGCGGGAUGGUCACGCUCUUUAUGUGAACACCUCCCCUCCAUCCCUUCUCCCUGCCGGUCGCAUCCCCGGGAGGGUGGGAGUUUAUCUCGGUUACGGGUCCGGGACAGUUUCAUUUUACAGCGCAGACACCAAGUCCCAUCUCCACACCUUCACUGGGAAUAAAUUCACGGAGAAACUUUAUCCUUUCUUCUGGACUUGGGAUGGAAACCGGUGGCUGAGAAUCUGCUCCGGUUCCGCUCCGGGUCUGUAACCGGGUCGGGUCCCGGGACCGGUGUCAGGAGGAAGUCAGUGUAAAUAUAAAUGUGGGGAGAGUGAAAUAAACACGAAUUGGCAUUAGAA